CCUAACCUCGCUGCUCGCAGUACACCGUCGUUCCUCGCGGGGAACGCUCGCGAAGCGAAAACGAGACGAGACGAGACAACGAUUCUCGAAAUUGUUGCGUCGAACAUCGGAGCUGCGGUUCCGAUUGAUCUUGUAAUUUUGACGUAACGAGGCGAAUUCGAGCAGCGGAAAGGGGGGUUAUUCGCUCUCUGUCGGCGGAGAAGGGGAGAGGAAGAAGAAGACGGGCGACCACCGAUGAGAGCCUAUACUCUACUCUCUUCUCCGGUCCCCCAUUAAGAAACGAUCGACGCACGCGAUCACAUGUCAGCGCGCGCGUAACCGGAUGUUCCGCAUAUUUCAUUCCGUCAUUCACGAAACGUUCUGUUCCCUCCCGAGAUUGAUCAAAGUAUCCGAAUAUAUCGAACGUCGAGGCGGCAACGCAAAACGUGUUGACGGCUCGAGGUAGGAAAAAGAAGAGAGAGAGAGAGAGAGAACAGAAAGAGAGAGUGAAAAGAAGAAAGUAUUGCGCGACAUCGUGGCGGAGGAUCAUCGGAGCGAGUGACUCCCCUUCCCCGCGAUCAUGGAUGACUACGAGAGCCUGCCGACCAACUCCGUUGCCGUCCACAUGACGGCCGGCGCCCUGGCCGGGAUCAUGGAGCAUUGCGUCAUGUAUCCGUUUGACAGCGUAAAGACGAGAAUGCAAGCAUUAAUUCCUGGCCCAGGAGGAGGAGGAGGAGUGGGAGAAGUAUUGUACAGAAUGAUACAACAAGAAGGUGUAUUAAGGCCAAUUAGAGGUGUGAGUGCGGUGGUUGCUGGAGCUGGACCUGCGCAUGCUUUAUAUUUUUCUUGUUAUGAGUGUCUUAAAGAAAAAUUCAAGAGCUCGAGGUCCCAGUUUAAUCAUCUUGUCUAUGGUGCGGCUGGUUGCGUGGCAACAAUUUUGCAUGAUGGUGUCAUGAAUCCAGCGGAAGUUGUGAAACAGCGAUUGCAGAUGUAUAACUCUCCCUAUAGGAAUGUAUUAAAUUGUAUACAGCAUGUGUAUCAGAAGGAAGGGAUAUUCGCAUUCUACAGGAGUUAUACAACUCAAUUGGCUAUGAAUGUGCCUUUUCAAAGUAUUCAUUUCAUUUCGUAUGAAUUUGUACAAUCAAUUACAAAUCCGGAGCAUCUUUACAAUCCAAUAGCACAUAUCGCAUCUGGUGCGGCAGCAGGCGCGAUCGCGGCUGCGGCGACAACCCCCUUAGACGUUUGCAAGACAGUGUUAAACACUCAGCAGGACGGCGUGCAGGCUCAAGGCAUGAUGGAUGCCUUUAGACAGGUCUACAGGCAUGGUGGCAUACAAGGAUACUUCCGUGGAUUACGCGCACGUGUUUUAUUCCAAGCACCAGCCACUGCCAUUUGUUGGGUGAUAUACGAGUCGUUCAAGUACGUGUUACGUGGCAAGCAAGAUGACGAGUACGGUAACACGGAGGCCGACAGCGGAACGGCCGGAAUUAAUCAAAAUCCAACAAUGCUGACAUCGAGAUCCAACAGUUUUCAAGGAACAGGUCUGUACUUUAACAACCACGCUUCAUCACCUGUAUUACUCAAAGUGACUACGAGUUAGGUAUAUAAGAGAAAUAUUACACUAUAUUGAUCGAUUAAGAGAGCUGUUUCAUUAUCCGAAAAUUGUUAUAAAAAAAUCUCUUCUUUUCUUUAUGAGAAUUAAGCGACAACGAAUAAUAAAGAUAUUUUGUUGAUAUUUUUGAUUCCUAUUAUAGCAGCAAACGUAAAAAAGUCGCGAAGAGAAAUAAAAAUAUAUAAUGCUAAAGAAAGACAAUAUUUCGCAAAAGCACAGAAUAUUAGUAUAUAAUGAUAUAUGCUAAUAAACUUGUUGAAUGAUUGCACAAAAUGCUUUGUAUUGGUGUUAAUAAUGUCAUUUUCUUUUUAUUUUAUUUUUUGAUUCUUUUGAUUAUUGAACGAAAAUGAUUAAUUUUAAGAAGCAAAUUUGCAAGUGCAAAAUAGGAAAAACAUUAUUUUAUUAUUCUUUAUUCUUAUGCUUAUAAUAUACAUACAUAUAUCUUUUUUUUCUUAUAUACGGCAGAAUCUGUAAGAAAAUACCGCUUUGCUACUUUACAUAAUAACUAUAUAAAACAGCUUGUUCAUUAGCUUUACAUUAAAUUUGGAAAGAUGAAAUAAUCAUUAAUCGAUCCUGAUAAACUGGCUGCUAUUCUAUGUGUAUCUAUUCAAACAAAAUGUCAUCUAUUGUACUGUUCACAUGGAGUAUUAAUGACAUUCAACAAAAUGUUAAUUUGAUGUAUAUUAAUUUUUGAGGAUAAAAUCUAUUUGUGUGUAUUAUUUGUCUUCUGCUAUAAUUUGCACAUUAAUUUAUAAACAAACUUAUACAUGCACUAUUUACGAUCUAAUUUGUACAUAUUUAGCUUAUACAAAUAAAUUUAAAUAUCUGGUUAAA